AUGCAACUCCACGCAUCGACGUCCAAGAAACUCGGCAUUGUUGGAGUCUUCCUCUUGGUAUUCAUCGGGCUUGGGGCCUCUAUGGCUCGCAUGGUCGAGUACAUCAAAAUUGAGAACGGCGGCUCGCUCUACUUUAUCCAUCAUGAUGAGGAAGAGGCCGUAACUAGCGCGUUCUUCUUCACCAUGCUGGAGACAGGUAUAUCCCUGGUGGCCGCGAACCUCCCGUCUCUGUGGCUGCGCUUCACAUCGGUGACGCCGGAGAAAGUCAUACGCACGAUUCGUAGUGUACUCUCGCUAGAAUCGCUUCGCAGUCGCGGCAGCGGGCGCAGUGGCCGCUGA